GGGCGCCUGCAGCUGCCGGCCCGGCCCGGCCCGGCCUCGGCGCCGCCGCCGCCGCCCGGCAUGAGGCAGGAGCGGGGCCGCGCGGAGCCGCCGCUGAGGGGAGAAGAUGAACAUCUGCAACAAACCUCCUAAUAAGACAGCUCCUGAGAAGGCAGAGGAAGCAACCCCUGAGGCCCAAUUUCAGCAUGCCCGAAGGAAUGGAUGGAGCUGGCCUCCACACCCCUUCCAGAUUAUUGCGUGGCUGUUGUAUCUUUUCUUUGCACUAGCUGGCUUCGGAAUCCUUGUUCCCCUCCUGCCUCACCACUGGUUGCCUGCAGGGUACAUUUGUCCUGGAGUGUUUUUUAUCUGUCACUUAGUGGUUCACCUUACUGCUGUCUCCAUUGAUCCUGCUGAUGAUAACGUGCGAGAGAGGAAUUAUCUAGGACCACUAGCCACCUUCAAUCGUAGCCAACAUGCUCAUGUAAUUGAAAACCGUCAUUGCCAUAUCUGUGAUGUCGAUGUGAGCUCCAAAUCAAAGCACUGUGGAACCUGCAACAAGUGUGUGUGUGGCUUUGAUCACCAUUGCAAAUGGCUGAACAACUGUGUAGGGAAGAGGAACUAUUGGCUCUUCUUGAACAGUGUGGUGUCUGCUAUCUUGGGUCUUAUCCUUCUGCUGCUUAUUGCCUUCUACAUCUUUGUGGAGUUCUUCAUUAACCCCAUGUUGCUGCGCACCAACCAGCACUUUGAAGUUUUAAAAAACGACACUGACAUUUGGUUUGUGUUUCUUCCUGUGGCUCCAAUCAAGACGCAAGCUUCCACCAUUUUGGUCUUAACUGGGAUUCUCAUUCUUCUGGGCCUGCCAACUGUGUUCCUGUUAGGUCAUCUGUUGAUCUUUCACAUUUAUCUUAUGUGGAGCAAACUGACUACCUAUGAGUACAUCAUGCAGCAGCGUCCCCCCCAAGAGAUGAAAGAGGCCAACAAACAACUAGAGUCUUGUCCUCCUCAAGUGAGACCCAGUCAGGAGGUGGAUUUGUAUGCAGCUAACCUUGGCUACACCGACCCAGAGAUUCAGGUGGAGGAUUCUUCAGCAGUAACCUCAGGGAGAGACUUCUCAAAGUUGUCCCCCCACAAUGAUGGACCAGACCCUGAGCCCAACUCUCCUUCUGAACCCCCAGCUCCUCUGUCCACUGUCCACAUACAGCAGCAAAAGAAGAAGAAAAAGAAAGUGCAUAAAGUUCCUUCCUCAGCAAAGGAUAACAACAGAUCCAAGACCAACUCUAGACCAUGGCCCCCUCUUGCCAUUCCCCAGUCAGAAUUUUCAGCCACCACUGCUACCUCUUCAUCCUCCUCAUCUUCCCACAGCCUUCAUUACUCACUGCCAGCAUUCCCACCCAGAGCUGCCGUGCCCUCCAACUGCAUUGGUUCUGUCCAGGCAGCGGGUCCUCCUGCUGACUAUCACUCAGAGUCUGCAGAAUCCAUGGAUGAAAUUCCUGUGGCUCAGACCCGUCUGGGGAGUGCUGCCCCUAAUGGCACUUCUAAGAACAGUCUGAGCAAGUCUCGCCAUCACCCCUUGUCCACAGCUCAGGCCCCUGGUAAUGGGAAGAAGAAUCUAUAUUCUGGGCAUAAAGUCAAAAGGAACAGUUGCCAGCGACUCGGUGAUGGAGAGCAGGAGUUGGAACUGGUUUCUAAGAUUCCGGCUGUGUUUGUAAGCAAGAGCAGCGGAGAGCCUCCUGUACCCGAGCCCCGGCCUAGCGAGAGUGCAUCUGAGCCCCACCACAGGAAGUGCACUAGCAAACGACAUGUAGACAAGCCAGAUCCACACUUGUGGGACAUAAGGACAAACACCACAGCGGCCUAGACAUCAGCCUUGCAAAGCCAUAACCUUGUCUUGAAGGGAGAAGACAGGAAUUUGCUCACUCUACAAACACGUUGAUUGUUUUGUGAUCUCGACUCCAGUGACUCAUCCUCAAGUUGGCUGGGUUCAGUUUCCUUGAAGCCAUCCCUGUUCCAGCUGACCUAGCUGUGUAGCACGAAAAGACAUGUUACAUCACCUUUAUGGUUGCCGCAUGCUUCAGAGCCUCAGAGCAGAACAAGAAGUUAACAACUCCGUUCCCAUCCCUUUGCCCAGAGUAGCAGACUUCCCUGAAGGGAAAAUGCCACCGGGCAUCAUUGGGACAUAAGAUUGUAGCUAAGUACUUCAGAGUGGGGUGCCAUGGUGCUGGGGUGCAGUGUCCCAAACUGUGUACUUACCAUACGCUGCAGUGAGACAUGCUGCUGCUCUACCAGAGGCAAGGGGUACAUACUACUGUGGUAGACCAGAAUAGCCUGCUUACCUUAGCACAUUGCUGUAGGGAGCUGGAAAAGGUAUUUCUUCAUCAGCUGACACUCAGGCCGACUCUGACACCAUCAUGACUUCCAAAGCAGUUCCCCAUUAAAUUUGUUGGGGCCUAUUUGAAAAAGAGAAAGGUGCACUGAGCCUAGAAAUCUCAAGCGUGCUCUCGACCUCCUUGUGAAGAAGCUGGAUAGGGAAGGCUUGGCCCCUCAGAGUUUGUGAGAGCUAUGUGGGAGGGUAGGGGAAGUUUCCAUGCUUAAAUCUCCGGGAGUGAUAUCUGGGGUCUCUUUUCAGAAUACAGCCUUCCUCUGACAAUUGGUACCACGGACCUCUGAGCAUGCGGGUAGCACAAACAAUGUCUCUAGGCCUGCAGAAACUGUUCUACCUGAUAGGAGGGCCCGAGUCUUCAUACCACUGAUGUCUCAUUACUAGGUCAUGCCCUUCUAGUGCUGUCCCAUUUCUGCUAUUUGCCAUUGUAUGAAUCUGUCGUCUAGGUGAAACUCCCCUUGUGCUAACACUGGGCUUGGGUUGGUCAGAAGGCUGAGCUUGGCCCAGAAAGGCCUGGCGAAUCCUUUCUAGCAGGAAUCACCAAGUCACAGUUCAUCAUUUUCCCUCUUACCAUGCAGCAAUAUUCUCUGAAUCUUUGUAUGGAGCUCAUUAAUCAGCUCUGUCUACAAUAAACUUUUCUAUGCCCUUUGCUAA